GUAGCUAGGAAGGUUCUGCAACUGUAGGCAACUUCCUGAAUGAGUCUUAAACUUAUUUGCAAUUACAGUCUUAUCAAAUUGCAACGCAAGGCCACCUAAAUCCAACUUUCCUGGGUCCCAGGAUUCCGACGAGCGUGGGUUGAACGCGUUACGCAAAGAGAGGAACAAGGACAGCAAAAUGCCUUGUUUCCCAGGAGACCGUUCUGAACCCCUCUUAAGCCCAAGCACACCGACUAGGUACGAGCUGAUUUAAACGUUUAAAUAUGCGCUCUCCUCCGCAGCUGAGUGCUCUUUCCAACCCUCCAGAGCCCGCCCGGAAUUCAAGUGGGCGGUUACAAAGGCACCAGCCGUGAGAUUAUAUGAUGUCAGCCCCUCUCAGCCGUCCCGGCAGCUUUGGAAAGCUGGCUUAAGAGAGAAAAGAUGCCUUCGCGGGGCGGACGAGACUUCUAACAUUUGAGCACUGAACGCCACAGGCAUCAGGCUAUGUUAUUUUACGUUUUGCUAUUUCAGCUGCUUAGAAAUUUGUCUGCAUUUCCUCACUGCUCAAUACAGAUCAAGGAAUCAAAGGGUGCAAUAGAAGAAGUAUUCAUCCUUGCAGAGAAAGCUAAUUUAUUCAUUGGACGGCAUCUUCAAUACAACCGAUUUGACUUUGAACUAAUAACUCAAGGAGAUCUUGAAAGAGAAUGUUAUGAAGAGCAAUGCAAUUUUGAGGAAGCAAGGGAAAUUUUUGAAGAUCCAAGAAAGACAAUGUCUUUUUGGAAUGAAUAUACUCUUAGGGGUCCUGGCUCAAAAACAGGUGGCAAAGCAGCAGAGAAGAUUGACGUUAUAGGACUUUUGACUGGACUGAUUGCAAUUGGAGUACUAUUGAUUAUACUUGGAUUGCUUAUUUAUUACCUGUGCCAAAGAAAAUGCAAACCAAGGUUACCAGGGCACAGAAGCAGCAGAAGGCAUAAUUGUUCCAUCAUCUUCCAAAGGCAAGAAGAGUUUGCUUUAAAUCCUGUUCCUCCUUGCAGUACAGGACAGAUAGGAUUGCCAACUUAUGAUCAAGCAAUGGCAUUAAGAGAAAACUAUGAUUCUCCACCUCCACCGUAUCCUGGAAGUUCAGGAAAGUUCAAAGUGUUCAAGAAGUCUCUCUCACUUCCAGGUCCUUAAUGAACAAACAUGACCUUUGUUGAGACUGUUGAGAAUUAGUCUUAAUAAAAGAUGUGCAGCUGAAAUGCUACAGUAUAGCAUUCUAAGACAGUGAAAAGAAUCUUUGAAGAUGCCUACGAUGGACUAAAUGGUGUCAGGUAACAAGGAAUCCAUUUCUCCAAUGUUCUGAUAAUUAAGGUUGAAAGACUCCUUUUAUGAUAUUUCCAUUUAUAUGUGAAAACCUAUACUGAACUUGGCUCCUGUGCAUUUUGAGCCAUUGAGUAAACUGAUGUGCAGUUUUUCCUGUUUUUUAUAACAGAAAAAUUUUAUUUCCAGUUCUAAAAAUUGCACUAGUUUUCUAUUUUAGAAGAAAAAAUAUUUUUCUUUUGAAUUUUCUCCCAUGAUAAAAAUGUAUUUGUGUCAGUUUUUGAUUCCUGGUGAUCGCCUGAUCUAGUCCUUACAGUUGUUGGUAAUAAUGUUGGCAGAAGUGCCUUGCCAUUGCUGCCUUUCUAGGGCUAAGAGAAAGUGACUGGGCCUAUUUCACCUUUGUGCCUAUGGUAGAUUAGAACUUAGUCUCCUGGUUUCUGCCCGAUGCCUUAAUCACUACACCAAACUGGCUCUCCUGUGAUAAAAAUGCUAACACAUUGAAAUUUCAAUUAUCUAAUUGAAUAUUUGAUCUAUUUCUUAUAUUAGGAAGAAUAUAUCCAUGUGGGUGUUAUCAAUAAGUUUUUAUAAAUAAAAUAACUAUUUGUACCUA